GCCCCUGCGCGGAGCGGAGCGGAGCGGACGGCUGCCGGGCCCGGUGCGCGGCCGCGGAGCUGCAGCGGACGACGAUGGCCGCGCCCGCCGGGGCCGGGGCGGAGACUGCGACCCUGGACCGCCGGCGCUGUCUGUGGUCGGUGCUGGCGGCGGCGCUCGGGCUGUUGACUGCCGGCGUAUCAGCCUUGGAGGUAUACACCCCAAAAGAAAUCUACGUGGCAAAUGGGACUCAAGGGAAGCUGACGUGCAAGUUCAAGUCUGCGAACACCACCAGCAGGUUGACCACAAUCUCCUGGAGCUUCCAGCCGGAGGGAUCCCACACCACCGUGUCGUUUUUCCACUACUCCCAAGGGCAAGUGUACAUCGGGGAUUACCCGCCAUUCAAGGACAGGAUCACCUGGGCUGGAGACCUCGACAAGAAAGACGCAUCGAUCAACAUAGAAAAUAUACAGUUUAUCCAUAACGGCACCUACAUCUGCGAUGUCAAAAACCCUCCCGACAUCGUCGUCUACCCGGGAUACAUUCGCCUCUACGUUGUAGAGAAAGAGGUGUUGCCCAUGUUUCCGGUUUGGGUGGUGGUGGGGAUAGUGACCGCUGUGGUUGUGGGUCUCACUCUCCUCAUCAGCAUGAUUCUGGCUGUCCUCUACAGAAGGAAAAGCUCGAAGCCGGAUUACACCGGCUGCAGCACCUCAGAGAGUGUGUCACCGGUUAAGCAGGCUCCACGGAAGUUCCCCUCCGACACAGAGGGCCUAGUAAAGAGCCUGCCUUCUGGAUCUCACCAGGGCCCAGUCAUAUACGCGCAGCUAGACCACUCCGGUGGACAUCACAGUGACAAGAUUAACAAGUCAGAGUCUGUGGUGUACGCGGACAUCCGGAAAAAUUAAGAGAAGACCCAGAUCAUAUCCUAAGCGGGAAACAAAUUCAAACGGGACUCUUGUGCAGCAGCGUGGCCCACAGCACGCGUGGCCGGACACGGACAGGCGCGGAGAGCAGGAGACGUAAAGGAUAUGUACAAAUCUUCUAUUUAAUCUUCGGGUGGGCGGAGCCGUGGUGCAUGAUGAAAAGAUGAUAUGAUUCUACAUAUAUGUAAAUUGUCUCGCUGUUGUGUUUUUUUUACUUUUUUGCAUCCAGGGUCAUUUACAAUUGGGGAAGUUCAGCAACAUUCCUGUCACCAUCAUUUGGAUAUGGUGUGCCUUAAUGGUGAUGUAGCGAUCUCUUAGUAUCCCAACAGACCUGGCCUUUUUGUCUAAGGGCUUAACCAGUCUUAGCAUUUAUUGUAGUUGGAGAAUGAAGAUACUGUGCGGGAGACACAGCCAGGGUGGCCUGUCCCCCACUGUCUGUUCCGACUGUUUGGUUGUAGUUUUUAGGAAACACCCAUUAGCUAUGCCACUUAGAGACAAUUUGAGAAAUUUCUGUCAAUGUUUUUUUCUCUCUAAAGCAGGGGUGGGAACCUUCUUUCUGCCAAGUGACACUUGGAUGUUUAUAGUAUCAUUCUCGAGCCAGACAAAAUUAUCACCUUAAAAAUCAGUCUGCUGUAUUUGGUCAAACAUUAAUUAACUCACCCUGAUGCCUUUUGCAAGCCUUAUACGGCCCUUGGGUCGAAGGUUCCCCACCCCUGCUCUAAAGCAAAGGGCAUUUUUGCUUCCUAAGUUGUCACACGGACUUUAAGGUUACACCCUUUCCUGUCAGCUUGUUCACCACAGCAAGAUCAGCAGGGGUAGCUGCCGGGCCAAGUCUUCCUCCUCUACAGACCAGAGCCCUGUAUGUGGAACUGAAAUAGGAGCCGUGGCUUGGGGAGGAGGUGGCUUGGGGAGGAGCUGACGGCCUGGGGAGGAGCCUCGGCCUGGGGAGGAGCCGCGGCCUGGGGAGGAGAGCGCAGGUGUCAGUUACUUUCUUUGCAGAGCCAACCCGAGCAGCUGCAGGGAAGGAGUUCACUUCCAGGUGGGCAGGAAUGGGGUACAUGGAACCUCCGUUCUCGCACUUAACUCGUCCCAGAAGACUGUUUGAAAACGGAAUCAUCUUUUCCCAUUAGAAAUCAUGUAAACGGAAUUAGUCCCCUCCAGACCCCGAAAUGAUCCCUGUUUUAAGCGUUUUUACAUACAGUACAUGUCUAGUGCACUGUUUAAUUUAUAAAUAAACACUUUGAACAAAAAGGGCAUGGAACGUAAAUGAAAAUUUAACAGAAAGGAGAUGAAAUGUACCGUAAAAAAUGAAAACUUAAUAAUAAUAAUCAGAAAGAAAAAAAAAACUACGAAAGUAUUCACAGGAUGAAUCUGUAUCAGGACCGAGAUGUUAACAAUGUGAGGUUUAGUGGUAAAGGAACUGACUCUCCCAUCGUCUCCUUUGUUCGCCGCCUGAGAGACACAUGACUGAUCACACAGGUUUCAGCAGAACAGGGUUGCCAGGUCGAGACGUGAAUUGUUGGGGACGGGAGCCCCGGAGAGGCGAGCGUUGGCUGUAAUGGGGGAGCCGGCUGGCGGUCCCAGAGCGCUCUCCGGGAAUCAGCUUCUUCUGGCACUGUCAGAGCUCACGGACCUGCAGGGGCCUCUGAGGCUCAAGGCCGCGGAGUUUUCAGAUCCGCGGGGAGGCUCGUACUUCUCCUUUGGGAAUCUCUUCCCUGUUCCUGGUUGUUUUGUUUGUUUUCCACAUUUCCCCCCAUCGAGGGAAUUGAUGAACGAGACGAGGAAAAUCUAGACAGUUCAGGUCAUUUAUUUUGUCCCAUCGACAACCCCCGGCCCAUCUCAAACCUAUGACUUAUGUUAUUACUGGGAAUAAAAAGCAAAGUGAGAUCAUUAAACAUUUAUUUAUAUUUGCCAUUC